GCAAGUACAUUUAUUUGUCAGAAAUAUUCUUCCUUCAGGCGUGACCGCUUUACUCGACAAUGUUAGUUAAAAAGAUGACCUGGUUUGCGGAGUGUUGCAGUAUAUUUGAUGAUAUGCGUUUAUUACACGUUCGACAGGCCACACACGAUUAGAGCGAAAAACUGCUUGGGGUUAUUAAAGUGCAUCGUGAUUGUCUGCGAUUCUUACAGCUACCUUGUGUUUUUAGAUUAAAAAUUUCUUGUAACUGCAGUUUUGGCCCGUCACACAACACACCUGAGAGAGGGUGUUACGUGACUCAAAGCUGUUUUCAUGUUUACAACAGCCAAUCAAAAGUCGAUACCGUUGAGGGUGCUACUGACACUAAAUGCAAACUCAUUGGAGGCUCUUUCGAAAGCGAAUUUCCAGCGUUCUCGACGGCCGUCGAUUUGAGAUGGCGUAGGGUAGGUACAAUGCUGGGGCAGCCGGGGCAGUGACUCUGGAUAAUGCAGCGAGAACCAUGGCAAAAGAAGUGAUGGAGAUUGCGAACUCGCCGGACUUCGAUCGAGAACAAAUACCUCAGGGGGUCGCUGCAGACACUAAAUGCAAAUUUAUAGCAGGCACCUUUGAAAGAGAGAAUUUGGGUGUGGGAAUAUACAUAAUAUAUGUGUAUAUCUUAGUCAACAGGCUGUAAGUUUUUUACGCACUUAUUUACGUCGCUCCGAGCGUUCUUGAAAAUCGUCAAUUUAAGAUGGCUGGAGCGGGAGGUGCAGCAGUGGCAGGGGCUAUGGAUCAUGCAGCGGGCACUAUGGCGAAAGUAGUGAUGGAAAUUGCAAACUCCCCAGACUUCGAUCGUGAGCAAAUUCGAGGUGAAAAGUUAACGCUUUCGCAAGCGUACUGCCUGUUAUGGCAAAAUCCCGAAGAUGGGGAUGUGGAUGGAAGGAAACUUGGUAUAGAAAGUAAUAGCGGAGCGGCUGCGGCCGUGAUUGUGGAUUUGAUUGUACUCGGUAAAGUGGAAAUUGAAAUCGAACCUAACACAACUCUUGGCGUGAAAAACGACCAUUACCGUCUGAAGGCUGUCGAUGAGAAGCCAACAGGUACAUACCUUGAUGAAGCCCUUUUUAACAAAAUCUUGAAACAUCAUGAAAAACACCCUGACAAGCCAGAGAAAGUGAAGUCAGUGAUUUUUGACGAUAUAAGUCAACUUAGAUCGAAGAAUUACUGCUCUACCAUUACACUUGGCAGUUUAGUGGAGUUGGGAAUUCUUGAAAUGAAAGAAAAGAUGAUGAGCCGCAAAUAUAAUUUAGGACCUGAAGAAAGUUUAGAAAAACAGAUUCGUGAGGUUGUUUUGCAAGAUGCGAAACCCAGUAGUUACAUCCGUGUGCUGUUGGUCUUGGCGCGAUGUGCAGACAACUUAUGCGUUCUCAAAGAUCCAGUGUUGAAAAAACACUUUUCCAAGGAAGAGUAUGGAAAGGCGAAAGAAAAAAUUAAUCAGUUGGUGGGGCUGGAUAAAUAGAGCAAAGAGAAGAAGUAAAAGGCUUUCCCCUAAACUGAAUGGGUCUUUCGAUAAAUUACCCUCAUCUAGAGCUUGUUUUUCAUUAUUACAGUGUGUAACUGUUGAUAUAUUUUAAAGGACAAACUAUAUGAAAGUGUGUUUCAGUGAAUGUCGGUCUUAACAUUAUGCAACGUUUACUUUACAUUAUCGUCUAGUUUUAUUUGUCGGGCCGCUGUCAAACCGCCAUUAUGCAGCCCCCCUACAAAAAGGUCUCUUUCAAAAUCUCGAAAUUCUCAUCCCAGUUUUUACACUAUGAUUGACUUUUGUUACGAUGGACGCGAUCAUUAUGGCGGUCAAACGUCUGCGGUUUAGAAACGUUUUAAUAAUGCUAGAAAACUUUCAAACUCUGGUAUGUCUUUAAUUCGCUUUCUUUGGGGAACCCUUUAGGAGGGUAAAGAGAAAAGACUAGUGUCGUUUCAAUUUCAAGUGGGAGUUAAAACCAGUCGUAGAAUUUUUGCAAAGCCGAAUGAAAAACGGCUUUAAAAUAACAGAAUUUAGGAUAAAAGAAAAUGGAAAAUGUGUGCCCAUCACAGUUAAGUUAUAUGAAACACAAUUUUGAAAUUAAUUAGAUCCCAUGCCUUAGAAACUUUGUUUUGCAUGUCAUACUUACAUCAGUACCAAGAAGUACGCACAAUUACGUCGGCUGUCCGAAAUUAGAGGCCAUGAUACCCCAAUAAGAAAGACUGUAGGUAGUGCUUACAUUUAAUAAUCAUUGAGCAAGCUGAACAAUGAGAAAAAAAUAGAAUUUAUAGCUGUUUACAUGCUAAGUCGUCUUUACUCCACGAUCUUGAGGUCUCAAUUGCUGCAAACUCAGCCUGAAAGGUUAAGCUUUAUUCUGUCUUAGUUUGCAGUUGAUUUAAUCUUUGCAUAGAAGAUGGAAGUUUUCAGUAGUAGUUAAAAGCUUAUGCGAUCCAUGAUUGUACCUUGUUUACUUCAAAUUAAGUGAAGAGCUCCAGUUAUUCUAAAUAAAUGGUAUGGAUAUCCGCUAUAA